AGCUGUGUCCAAUCACAGCUGAUCACAUGGGACAUGUACACUGAUCAUCAGGGCACUGAUGAUCAGUGUGCCCUGAUCAGUGUAGCCUCAGCAGUGCCACCUGUCAGUGUCCAUCAGUGCAUUGUGUCAGUGCUCAUCAGUGCCUCGUGCCAGUGCCCAUCAGUGACACAUAUCAGUGUCUUCCAGUGCACAUCAAUGCCACAUAUCAGUGGCCAUCUGAGCUGCCUUUCAGUGUCACCCAUCAGUGCCAGUCAGUGCCACCUAUCAAUGCCAAUCAGUGCCACCUAUCAGUGCCAGUCAGUGCCGCCUAACAGUGUCAGUGCCGCCUGUCAGUGCCAUCUAUCAGUGCUGCCUUUCAGUGCCCAUCAGUGAUGUCUGUCAAUGCCCAUCAGUGCCACCUACCAGUGCCUCCUCAUCAGUGCCACCUAUCAGUGUCCAUCAGUGCAGCCUAUCAGUGCCCAUCACUGCAGCCUCAUCAGUAAACAUCAGUGCAGGAGAAAAAUCACUUAUUUACAAAAUUUUAUAACAAAAACUAAGAAAAAACUUUUUUUUUUUCAAACUUUUCAGUGGUUUUUGGUUUGUUUAAGAAAAAAAAA